CUACGAAAAUGCUUUGUUUUUCCUUUCUGAAAGUUUCUAAAAUUUUCUCUUCAAACUUCUAAUCCGGUAAUAGCUAAUUUUCGCCCCUUCUAUAAAACGCGGGGAUAUUUCUGUAAAACGGAAAGUGCGAGAAAGGGUGGAUAAUCGGAGAAGAGGUUCCCCUACCGAAUUACCGAGAACGAGUCUUCCUCCUACACGUACAUUAUUAAUUAUUACGAUCGGCGCCGCGCGUACACUUCACGCAAUCUUCACGGUCUCGAAUUAACAUAAAAAAGAUGGGACAUCGAUAGGCUAAAGACGGUUACGUCACGGGCGCACUCCAAUAGACAGAGGAGCGCGUGGCGCACGUGAUCCGAAUAUAGAUAUAUAUAAAGAGUGCGGGUGCCACCCCGAUACUGUCGAAGCGGCCCAGUCGCGCUAUACCGGACUCACCUUUCGUUUGGAAUCAGCCUAGACAUGAGGUGGACCGGGCGGAUGUGCUUGCUGCUCUGUUACGUCGUCACCGUGCACGCUCUCGACUGCAGAAAAUUCGUCUUCGCACCUUUGUGCCGAGGGAUAAGCGCCAAAAGAUCCCUACCGUACCCCAGAGAAAUCUCCAGGCACCGCCCCAUCCAGGACCCGGACCGAUCGGUGGAGCCCUGGCGUCCGGCUCCGCCGGAAAUGUACGCGGAUGCGGCAGCGGACGAAAGAACGGACGGACGGAUGAGACAGAUGCGGGAGCCGUCGGCCGAGAAUUGGAUGCGCGGAGGAAUGGUGGCGGACUAUUGAGGACGCGUCCCCCACCCGCUAGUCCGAUUCCACCCCUCCUUCCCCGCCACCCUGCUCGUCGAUCAUUAAGCUUUCCGAUAUUAAUAAACGGUCUCCAGUAAAUCUGCUCAAGGUGAUCGGUCUCAG